AUGGCAGCCGCAAACAACCCACAUCUAAGCCCCCGACGCAAGCUCCGAGGCAAAAAGAAGAAAAAGAAUACAACCACUCAGAAAACUACCACUGAAAACGCAGUGUUCUCUUUUCAAGCUGUCGCGGCUCCGCAAGACGCCACACCAAACUACGGCGUCACAAGCAAUCACGGUGAAACAAGCACCUCCAUCACUCAGGCCGCAACACCUGUGUUCUCUGCAUUCACAACGCAAGCUCAGACACCUGCACCGUCACCUCUAGCAAAGGUCAAGCCACCAAGUUAUAAUUUCGCAACAGCAAAAAGCAACACUACCAGUACGGCCCCCUUCAAUUUCAACACCGUCACAUCCUCCCGUCAAGACACAACAGCCUCCACACGAGGCGUUCCAAGCCACUCAAACAAAGAUGGGAAAACCGUAGACGCAGCCAUCGAAAUCUUAAAGAACGUACUCGCCACCAUAAGAAACGGCCAGGACCCCACAGAAGUGGUCCUGCAAGGAAUAAUCACACUAUUCAGACAUGGA